ACGCUGCAUGUGCUGUCGUAUCGGCGGCUGAAGCGCCUGACGGGACAGCGCGGUGCGUCGCCGCAGCGCUUGGUGUCGCCGUCGUCGUUCGCUGCGCCCUCGUCGUCGUUCUCCUCCACCGUGGCCGUCCUCGCGCCCACCGGCAGUGGCACUGCCAGCGCCGCCGGGCGGCCGCACCACCACCCGACAGCCGGCGAGCUGGUGGCGAGAAAGCAGGGCGCGACUGAGCUCACGGUCGAGACGACCGAAGCCGCCAUCGCCGCGCAGGCGGAGCACAUCCGCAACAAGAAGGGGUUCAUCAUAGACAUGGACGGCGUGGUGUACCACGAGAACAAGCUGAUCCCCGGCGCCAAGGAGAUGGUCGCGUGGCUGCAGAAGGAGGGCAAGGAGUUCCUCUUUCUCACCAACAGCAGCGACAAGACGCCCAAGGACCUCAAGUACAAGCUGUCCAGCUUCGGCAUCCACGUGGAGGAGAAGAACUUUUACACGAGCGCGCUCUCGACGGCCAAUUUCAUCAGCAAGCAGAAGCCGCACGGCUACACGAUAACCGACAUCAGGCCGGACUACGUCGUUGUGGGAGAGACCAAGAACUACAACAUCGACCGCAUGGAGAAGGCCAUCAACCUCGUCCGGAACGGAGCCAAGCUGAUCGGUACCAACUGCGAUCUCCUCGACAAGUCCGUCACUGGGUUCCUCCCGGCCUGUGGCACCCUCGUGGCGCCCAUCGUCCUGGCGACGGGCGUGGACGCCUAUUUUGUGGGCAAACCCAACCCGCUGAUCAUGCGGCUGGCCUUGAGCCGUCUCGGAACCCACCGGCACGAAACCGUCAUCAUCGGAGACAGGAUGGACACGGACAUCAUCGCCGGGGUGGAGUCGGAGAUCGAUACCGUGCUGGUGCUCUCCGGCGUGACCAGCCCGGCCGAGCUCCACCACUUUGCCUACAACCCGGCCUUCAUUCUCGACUCCCUCGCCGACAUCACCCGCACCCUUCCCGCCCACUGA